UAAGUGAGAGAGGCUCUGUGUCCCAAUGCCAUGGCCUGUCUGAUGGCCGCUUGGUCUGUCCACAACCCGAGCGUUACCAAUGCCAUCAUCAUGAACACUAAUGGGCCUCCUGACCUGAUGUUGGAUGCACAGUCAGUGUGUGUUUAUAUGGACGAGGUGGUCAACAGGAGGGUGGCUGGCAGGCAGCAGACACCGAUGGCUCAGGGACACCUGAAGAAGAUGGACAACAAUCUGAUGGAGGCCCAGAGGUUCUCCUCAUUACCACGAAGACCAGCAGUCAACAUCGAGUUCAAUGAUGUGUCAUACUCCGUUAAAGAGGGAACCUGGUGGAGGAAGAAAGGUUACAAAACUCUGCUCAAAGGGAUUUCUGGGAAAUUCACCUGUGGGGACCUGGUGGCCAUCAUGGGGCCUUCAGGAGCUGGGAAGUCCACACUCAUGAAUAUCCUGGCUGGGUACAGGCAGACAGGAAUGAAGGGGGAGGUUCUGAUCAAUGGACAACCCAGAGACCUGCGCUCCUUCCGUAAGGUUUCCUGUUACAUCAUGCAGCAUGACAUACUGCUACCUCACCUCACUGUCCAUGAGUCCAUGAUGGUGUCUGCUAACUUGAAGCUGCAGAAGAAGGUGGAGACUGGCAGAGUGAUGGUCCGGGAGAUCCUGAUGGCUUUGGGUUUGCUAGACUGUGCUGAAACAAGGACGUCUCACCUGUCAGGGGGUCAGAGGAAAAGACUGGCCAUCGCUCUGGAGCUUGUCAAUAAUCCACCAGUCAUGUUCUUUGAUGAGCCAACAAGUGGCUUGGACAGCUCGUCCUGUUUCCAGGUGGUGUCUCAGCUCAAAGCUCUCGCUCAGGGAGGAAGAACCAUCAUUUGCACAAUCCACCAGCCAAGCGCCAAACUGUUUGAGCUCUUUGACAAGCUCUAUGUACUCAGUCAGGGUCAGUGUAUCUACAGAGGGAAAGUCUCCGGCCUUGUGUCCUACCUCAAAGAACUUGGACUUAACUGUCCCACGUACCACAACCCCGCUGACUUCGUGAUGGAGGUGGCGUCCGGAGAGUAUGGAGACCAGAUGGUGCGAAUGGUGAAGGCCGUUCAUGACCGAAAGUGUGACAUGGAUCAUCAGACUGACCUAAACGGAGACGCAAACCUGCACCCGUUUCUUUGGCAGAGCACUAAGGAGGAGUCAAUGCCCUCUGAUGGUUGCCACAGCUUCUCUGUGACCUGUAUGACCCAGUUCUCCAUCCUGUUCAGGAGAACCUUGCUCAGCAUUCUUCGAGACUCGCAGGUGCUGACUCACCUGAGGAUCUUGUCUCACAUUGGGAUCGGCAUUCUGAUUGGUCUGUUGUACUUGGGCAUUGGGAAUGAGGCCAAGAAGGUUCUGAGCAACUCAGGCUUCCUCUUCUUCUCCAUGUUGUUCCUAAUGUUUGCCGCUCUGAUGCCCACAGUGCUCACAUUUCCCUUGGAAAUGGGAGUUUUUCUGAGGGAACAUCUGAACUACUGGUACAGUCUGAAGAUAUACUACCUUGCUAAAACCAUGGCGGACGUCCCUUUCCAGGUGGUAUUCCCGGUGGUGUAUUGCAGUAUUGUGUACUGGAUGACAGCUCAGCCUCCUGAUGCCAGCCGCUUCUUUCUCUUUUUGUCUCUGGGCAUACUUACAUCUUUGGUAGCUCAGAGUCUGGGUCUACUCAUUGGAGCCGCCUCCACCUCUUUGCAGGUAGCGACGUUUGUCGGCCCUGUCACUGCAAUACCAGUCCUGCUGUUCUCCGGAUUCUUUGUCAGUUUUGACACCAUACCCUGGUACCUGCAAUGGAUAUCAUACAUAUCCUACGUCAGGUUCGGCUUUGAGGGUGUCAUCCUGUCCAUCUACAGUCUGGAUCGAGAGGAUCUUCACUGUGAUGAACACGAGACAUGUCACUUCCAGAAAUCUGAGGCAAUCCUAAAGGAGCUGGACAUGCUGGACGCCAAACUCUACCUGGACUUCAUUGUCCUUGCCAUCUUCUUCUUCUCUCUGAGGCUCAUUGCAUACUUUGUCCUACGGUACAAGAUCAGCGCUGAGAGGUAGGCCAGGACUGGGACCACAGGACAUCUGAGUGAUUUGUAGGCCAAUGUCAGCGUGUUGAAUGGAAUCUGUCCACGUGUGAACACUGAAUCUACUUUGGCUUCAGCAAACAAAAUGAGAAUGUGAGGAGUAGAGCAGCAGAGUCUGGUUCAUUCAAUCUGACUGAUCAUCAAGAUCCCCAGGUUAAAGAUUAGGUUCUGCAUGACCAGGAGCUGGUCUCCAGAGUCCUGAAGGAUAGGAGGACCGGAAUGAUCAUAUGUCCAGAUCUUGGUCAGACCCUGUCUCACAUCAGAAACAAUGUUGAUGUUGGGGUCACUGUAUCUCACCCUGUUUGCUUUUUUUUUUUUUUUACUCUCGGAUCAAAUGACAAACCACUCUUUCUGUUGUGACCAGUGGCUUCACAAGGUCCUCCUUUUUUUACCGGGUGAUUUUGCUGAAAAGAGAACAGGACAGAGUCAGUUGGUGCAAUUUCAUGUUUAAUACGCCAGGUGAUGCACAGAUUACCUGUUACGGUGCCUAUCAAACGCCUCUUUGUGUCAGAAAAGCUGCAGGAGGUUAGGUGAGGUCAAACUGAGAGUAAACUGCAACACUGACUUGUUUUCAGAUUUAUUUUUUGUUUUAUGAAAAGAUGUUUGUUUAAAAUCACUCCUUGUCAAUAAACAUAAUUACUUCAAAUGGUGUGAUUGUGUGAGGUGCUGAUAUAGUCAGCACUGACCGAUUCGCUCAAACCAGCCUGAGACAUGGGGGCUUGCUGUUAGUGAAACCUGCAGAGACACUGAGAAAAAUAGAUUGUAUUAUUUAAGAUAAUGAUGUAUCUUAAAGGUAAGGUUGGAGAUCCUGGAAAAACUGUUUGAGCAGGCUACAUUUUGAAUUCAAAAAUCCAAGCCCCUUUCUUCAGACUUUCCUCCGAAGCUCCGCCUCCAGAGCACAAGAACGCACAACGAACAUAGAUUCUAAAGCAUUUCACAGCAUCUGUAACGUUCUGAACUUUUUUGGAUACUUGUUCAAAUGACAACCUGAUGCCAAAAAACAACAAAUACUCUCAAAAGAUCACAAAGACAAAAAGUUAAUCUGCCAGUCCAUGAGAAACAGAGCCACCAUGGCAUCACUCUGCUGCCCUUUAUGGGCUUUCAGUUGUCUCCACCGUUCAAACGCAGCACCAAUGUUCACUCUGGUCUUGGAUCGAUCUGCAUCAGCCUUUUUGGUGGGGGACAGAUGGGUUUUGAUGCAUUCAAUUAUUUCGUUAAGGCUGUUCAAUAUGAUUGGAUGGUGUUUAUUUUCAGGCAUGUCCGUUCCACAGGUGAAUGACAUUUUUCAUUUUUAUUACAAUGCAUUAAUAAUAGGUUACAAUCGGGGUGUGAAAAGGAUUUUAAGCAGUCCAGAAAAUGAUCUCCCACCCUACCUUGAAGAAUAUUUUCACUGCCCCAUCUCAUGUUUAGACAACAGAACUCACUCUCUUAUACCAAGUCCUUAUUUUGGCAGAAGAAGACAGACAGUUGGAUAAAGUGUAACUUGUACUUUUUAAAGUCGUCUGGGACACAACAAAGCGACAAGGAUCUGUUAAAAGGAAAUACAAUACAGUCCAUGAGGAUUUUAAAAAGGUUUAAAAUAUUGAAUUCUUUAUGCUGGAUAUUUUUUUAUUGUUUUUGUAGUUGUAGCAGUCCAGACUGAAGCACAAAAGUUUAAUAAAGUGUCCUCAGGAGUUGGACAAAGUUAGAUCUCUUCAUUAAGGUGGACAUCGUUAAUGAGGUCCCUCAGGUCAAAGGCCAAUUUCACAUUGGCCACAGUUUCCCCUUACUCCCUCAGAAACAAUGUACUUAGUCCCUCUGGUCCACUAAGGACAGGUAAUGAUAUCCCCUUGGACACUUUAGGAUGGACAACAGCAGCACAACAACAACAUGUUAAUGGUCAGAACUGUACCUUCCAGCUGUCUCUGGUGGUUUGAGCCUCAAACACAACACUGUACUCACAGUUACUGUGUGUGUUUUUUAUUGUUGUUGUUUUUAUGUGUUUUAUGUUGUACAUGUAAACCCUUGCUGCACCACAAAUUUCCCCUUGGGGACAAUUAAGCAACCUUUACCAUUGUCUUUCUUCAGUGAGUUUGUGAGUCUGCAGUUCAUGUGGCAUGAACUUUUGUGUCCUGAAGUCUGGCCUCUGUGCUGUUGUCAGGCUAUUUUAAGUUUGUUUUUUAUAUUUUGGUGUUUUCAUCUUUCUUGGACAUUUGAUCAAAAAACAAACAAAUUGGUUCCCCCAGGCUAAAGUGUGACUUUAAAGGGAUCGUUCAGGCACUGAAAUAUAAUCAGUGCAUAAAACUAGCCUUAGACAUCGCAGCUCCCUCUCUGUGAAAACAUGGCUGCCAGUGGAACACCAGGAGUAAUAGAUUUUAGCAGCUUAAUAAAAGCCUUAUCAAAUAAAUACUUCACCAGCUUAAGUCUACAACAUCAUUUCUAGCAAGAACUGAUGUUUGUGUGACUUUGCAAACUGCUCACUCUGCCGCACCAAAGUCCAUAGAAAUAAUAAACCAUUUUAGAUUAUGAGACACAUGAGAAGCUGAUCCACUGAUGCGUUAUUUUAUUAGAGUCACACAAGCUUAUCCAAGGAGGCAGCAGUAGACCAGUAGCUCCAGUGUUCCUCUCCGCACGUUGGUGUGGGAAAGUGAGCAGUUUACAUUUAAGGACUGUAGGUUUUUGCCACCUCUGCAUCAGUAAAACAAAUUGACCCAGCGAGGCUGCAGUAGACCAGCAGCUCCCGUGAUCGAUCAGCAAUUUUCUCUAUGGACGUUGGUGUGCUCAUAUACAUACUGUAAUGAGCUGAGUUCAUGUGUUUAUGUUAUGAGUUCAUCAGUUAUGCAAAUGUUACAGCUGUUUUGUGUUGUGCGCUAUUGUGGGGGGACUGUCUCGCGAGAGGGGGUGAGACAACGCGAGGCGGAUGUUGUUGCUCUGGUAUGUUGUUGUGGUUGCUGAAAUGUACGGUGUGGUCACGGCCAACAGUGACCGGAGUUAAUCUGUGUUUUGCUGCAAAUAAAUGCACAGAAGUUGCAAGCCA